AUUUUAUACAAUUCGCUAUAGAGAAAAGGAUAAGGAAAAGAAAUGGAUUUUUCAACUCUGUCCGGCCACUGAAACAAUUGUGGAAAAUCUAAAGCCUGACACAGUUUAUGAAUUUGGAGUGAAAGACAAUGUAGAAGGUGGAAUUUGGAGUAAGAUUUUUAAUCACAAGACUAUUGUUGGAAGUAAAAACAAAGUAAAUGGGAAAAUCCAAAGUACCUAUGACCAAGUCCACACAGUGCCAGCAUAUGUCCCAAGAAAGCUAAUCCCAGUAACAAUCAUCAAGCAAGUGAUUCAGAAUGUUACUCACAGGGCCUCAACUAAAUCCCCAGAAAAGACUCCCUAUGGAGGAACAAUACUGGUCCACCUUGUUAUUCCAGGUCUUAAUGAAACCACCAUAAAACUUCCUACCUCCAUAAUGUUUGAGAUUUCGGAUGCAAUCAAGACACAGUUAGCUAAGAAUGAAACUUUGGCGCUGCCUGCUGAAUCUAAAACACCAGAGAUAGAAAAAAUCCCAGCACAGCCCGUAACAGUGACUCCUGAAUCAGUUCCAAGAACCACUAAACCCGCUGUGUCUAGUGCGUUAGACAUUUCAGAAACAAUACCGGGUAAUUCUAAGAACUUUUUUUCUUAA